ACAUUCUUGCGCUGCGCGAAGUGGAGAUCCACCGUGGCGUGGAACUGCGUGCAAUGAGCAAGCUUGUUGGCUCGUACAACCACCAUCGCGCCUCCAACGAGCUGCAAAAACCUGCCAUCGAUGCGUUGCUCAAAUCGCCCUCGCUGGGGAGAUUGGCCAUUUUGGCCGACUGGAAGGAGUUGCUCAGCUUGCCACUUCAGCCCAAGGCCACGGGAGAAGCUUUUUAUGGAUCUGCAAGGAAGGAGGUAUCCAUAUUCG